UGCACCAUAUGGUUUAUGUAUCAUUUUUACACUGUAUAAUGUCGGCACAUUGAAUUUAUUCAUUGCUCACACCACACUGCAAGAUACAUGACCGGAUCAUCGUUCUUAUGCACAUUUGAAACGUCCGGGAAACUAUUGAUGCUGAACCGGGUUGCCCGCUGGUUUAUCGUAAAAAGUGGAUGAUGAGUCUUGAGGGAAACGUGAUAAGUAGAUGGGAUCCUCCAUCUUACUUACAAUUACCAGAACAACCGUCGUCCAGAUUCAUGGACAGGCUUAUCCAUUUGAAAACUACAUAUUGGAACAGAGGAUACGCAAUAUUUUUGCUCGGAUUUAUAGGUUUAACUAUUACGUCGCUUCAAUGGACUGUAUAUUAUAGAUUUAUUGAGUUUAUGGAAAAACAAAAUAAAAUUGACUCUUCUCAUUAUGGUUACAUGUCUUACAAUAUGUAUGGAUAUUCUCUCGGUUUAAUACCUGGAGGUAUUUUAGGCACUGUUUAUCCGGCUCACAAUAUUUUGGGGAUUUUCAUCGCUGUAUCGUCGAUUGGUCAUUUACUUCAUUUCAUGAGUAUAAGUUACUUAAAUACUCUCACGCAUUGUAUAUUCCAAUUUUUUAUAGGAACAACAAUGGCCGUGGUGGAUAUGUCAUUGUACAGGGUUUGGACUUACUGGGUUCCACUGAAUAAACAGUCGAUACGCCACGUUCCAAUAGUAUUGUACGUGAUGAUUUUCGAUGGCGGAUAUAUCCAUGAUACUAUUGAUAAUGUACACGAUAAACAUUCGUCUUCUAUGUUAACUCUAUUUAUUGGUUUGAUUGGAUUGGCAUGGUACGUAUUAUGGCUGUACGUGAUCAAUGGAAAUUAUUCAUUUCGGAACCUGAAGAACCCCGAUUGUAUUUUGUUUGGAGGUACAAACAACUCGCGAUAUUCCUUUGAAGCAUAUGGUGUUUCGUUAACCCGAUCAAUCGUAUCGGAAAUUCCAUGGAAAUCGAUUUGCACUUCUAAGCCAUUCCUUGCGAUUGUCUUAUUAUACGUGUUUGAUGUUCGACUUCAUUAUUCAUUUGGUAGUGUUGGUGACGAUACUUUCGAAUGGACUAUGAGACAUUACACUAUCGUCUUAAUGUUACUCUUCGUCGUCCUAGUCGAAUUAGUUCCAGAAAUCACUGUAUCUAUUUCCACAGCCAACGUCAGAAAGUUUUGGAGUUGCUCGUAUUUCGGUUCAAUGGGCAUAGUUUUUAUUCUGGAGGCCAUAUUAGGAAAUACUAUAAGAACAAAUAAAACGUGCCAAUAUUUUUUUAAUGAAAUGCAUUAUCUUUAUAGUUUUGGAUUCUACGUAAAUAUUUUAGACAUCGCACCAAAAUAUGCUAGUUUAUUGGCUAGUUUACUGCUGAGCAUACAUUAUAAUUCUGACUUUUUGUGGGUCAAUGUCAUAAAUAGAAUAUUGAGUUAUGUGAAUCUUAACGAAGUGGAAACUGAUAUCCUGAUGACGAUAAUAUGUUUUACGUUGGCGGUGUUGUAUGCCAUUUUCGCUUCAGCGGAACCACACCAUGGGCAGAUGAACCGAUGGAAGAAAAUCAACAAAAUAUGGUUGAAAAUGACAAUAAAUUAUAAUAAUUUAAUAUGUACAAUGUAAUAUUUAUGCGUUAUAAAUUAUAAUAAUUAAUUAUAUGACUACUACAAUAUUAAAUACUACAUUUUAUUUAAAAAUCCAACCGUUCGAAGACACGAAUUAUGUAUGUGUUUUGUAAAAGUGCCUAUAUACGUUGGGUAAAGACAUGACAAUUUUACCCAACGUAUAUUUUAGUAGCAUCCAUAUACUAGGUUUCUGUUAUUAUAACCCUUUCUUAGAAAAUAUGCAUCUUUCCAACUAUUGCUUAUUCGUAAACCUGUUUAUUCACUACUCGCCUAUAAGUAUACAUAAUAAUACUAUACCUUCCGAGUGAUUUCUACUGUUAUUAGUUAUUACUAUUAGCUAUUGCGUUGGAAACAGGGUUUUAGACUGCUGGGCACGAGUUUUUUUGUGAACUUUCCUCUAUUGCCAUGAGCAUCAUAUUAGGGCCACACAUUGACAUUCCUCCAUUGCAUGAGAGACACAUAUUGAUGCUCAACAUUUUUAAAUGUUGAAAUUGAGCAUACAUAUUAGACCUCGUUAUGUUAAUUUUUUGAAUAGAGAAUAAAAAUCUAAAUAUAUAACUACUAGUAGCAUUGAGACUUAUGACCGG